AUGCCUAGGAUAGAAACUGCUACUUCGUCAAUGACACAACGAAGCACCAACCUCCAAACAGAUCAAGGUGGCGACGCAGACGAUGAAAAAGUACAAGCUGCAAUCCAGUUCGCACAACAAGCUGAGCGGCUUGGACAGUAUACAACCACUCAAGAAGAUGACCAGACUGGAUCAACACAGGCGGUCGAGGCCCACUUCAUCACAAGCCAGGAUCCAGUAAUAGAGACCGCAGAUGGUCGUCGACUACCGGCUGUUCCUCUCGAGGAAGCCAUCAAGCUGAACCAGCUACGUAAUAUUGUUAGCGACCACGAUGUAUCCCAAACAAAGCCCCGAGAGGCACGAAUACGAAAGGCCAAAGAUGGUACCGUUCAUGGUAUGCUGAUGAACGCAGAGCAGGAAGAGGAUAAAGAGGGCCGGUCAGAUGUGCCGCUGGGAGACUCGCAAGCACCGUGGAAGACGAAUCCAUUGUUCCCGCCCCUACCUUUAUACGGCCCACCCACGCUGCUGAGAGAAGUCCAAUGUUGGGCGUUUCGCAUAUCUUCGGGCAUUCUGUCGUUCUUGUUUCUGCUCGUCAUCAUCCUCGGGGCUUUAUUCACUUCGCUACCUGGCAUGGCCGCGCAUACAUGGCUGCGCAUCACCUUUCGCAACCCUGUGCCACUUGUAGACCAACGACGACCCUUCUAUGAUGAAGAGAUAAAACGAAAGAAAGCCAGGAGACUAGAAGAGGAGGCCUGGAAUCAGAAUCAAGCCCAGAGAUCGGAAAAAGACAUCGAGGUAGAUGAGGGAGACGGGGACGACGAACGAUUCGUGCCCUUGGAAGGUGGACCAGAUCCGCUAGUCUGCGAUGUGCGGUACUAUGCACGUCGUGUCGGACUAGACUGUGAGAGCUUCGACGUACAAACAGAAGAUGGCUUUAUCCUUGAGCUCUGGCAUCUCUACAAUCCGCGGACAUAUAGACGCACCGAGACUUCACAGCGAACACCGCAUUCUCCUAAUGUGUUUGUGGAAACUGGUCCUAAUGCUAAUGGCUCGCGAUCUUCACAAGGAGCUAAGAAAUACCCGGUUCUCAUGAUUCACGGCUUGUUACAAUCCGCAGGGGCGUACUGCACGAACGAGGACGACAGUCUAGCAUUUUUUCUGGCCAAAAGUGGAUAUGACGUCUGGCUUGGUAAUAAUCGCUGCGGUUUCAAGCCACGGCAUGUUCUACUCGACUACAGUGAUCCAAGAAUGUGGGCCUGGAACAUUAGGCAGAUGGGGGUCAUGGAUCUUCCAGCACUGAUAUCACGUGUUCUCUAUGAGACCGGCUUCGAAAAGCUAGGUCUGAUUGCUCACAGUCAAGGGACCACGCAGACACUAGUUGCUUUGGCCAAAGAGCAGAGACCAGAAAUUGGAGAGAAGAUUUCGGUCGCCUGUUUACUUGCCCCCGCCGCCUACGCCGGCCGGUUGAUUAACAAGGCUCAGUUCAAAUUCAUGCAAGUCAUAUCGCCAGGCAUGUUCCGCGCUGUGUUUGGAAUACACGCCUUCAUUCCCUUUAUGAUGGAGAUGCACAAGCUCUUACCUGGUCAUUUCUACGGAAACAUGGGCUACCGUGUCUUUUCCUUUCUCUUCGACUGGACGGAUGAGCGAUGGGAACGCGACUUGCGAGAUCGCAUGUUUCAGUUUGCUCCUGUCUAUGUCAGUGCAGAAAGUAUGCGAUGGUGGCUUGGCCGCGAAUGCUUCGCCAAGCAGAAGUGUAUCCUCGCUACCAGGGAAGAGAAGACCAUGGAGGACAAGGAAGAUGAGGAAGAAGAUCAAAAUGUGACUCGUUCUCCUUCUCCUUCAACCGACUCGGAUGACGCAGGCCAUACCAUGAAUGCAGAUUUAAGCCUCCACCCGCUCAAAGAAGACAAGCAGGGCGAACAACAAGGGAAUAGCGACAAUGCCCGAUUCGCAUGGUACAGGCCACACACUCCACCCUUCGCCUUUUGGGUCUGCGGUGCGGACGAUCUUGUCGAUGGCCGGCGCCUUUUGCGACGCUUCGAACGUGGGCGCGAACCCCACGUGGAUGUGGUGCACUCGAAGAUUAUUGAGGGUUAUGAACAUCUGGACGUGAUAUGGGCAAUGGACGCGGUUGAGAAGGUUGGGAAAGAGCUGCGAGAGGUGCUCUGGAAGACGGCCCCCGAAGAGGCUCGUAACAUGUGCCGUACGCCAAAGGGCUGCGAGGGCAUUGAGGAAUAUUAUGAGAGAGAGAGAGAGAGAGAGAGAGAGAGAGAGAGAGAGAGAGAGAGAGAGAGAGAGAGAGCGUAA